GUUACUUCUUCUUUCCAGAACGAUGGCUAACGCGACACCAGCUGAGCGAAUGCGAAAAUUCAGACAAGAAUUAAAGAGCAGACCCGAAGAAUUCAAAAAGUACCUGCAGAAAGAACGAGAGCGUGACAAGAGGAGACGUGAAUUGCGAAAAGAAAAAAAAAUACGUUGUUACCAAUUAUCAAAUGAAAUGCGAUGCAAGGAAGCUCAGAGAAAAAGGAACUAUAGAGCAAGAAUAAAACAUCUUGCACAAGCAAUGGAUGAUGAACUUUCGCCACCGUCGCCAUCCUUAGGGUCAUACAAUUGUGCGCAGACGCUAGGCAAAGCAAUGAAUGCAUCAUCAGCUCUAAGGAAACAUAUGCUGAGAGAAAGAGAAGUUAAAAGAUAUGAUGAAUCUUUCCUAGCUGAAAAACAAAAUACUGCUAUCCAAGUCGCUAAAUUUUGUGAAGGAGCACGCAAAUCACUUUCCUCAAAUCAAUCACAACCUAGUCACAAAAAAAAAUACGUACCCACACGCUAUGAGCGCGAACGCGCCGCAAUGAAGAACAAACCUCGAAAGGUACUCAACUUGGAAGAACGCGUACUAGCCAUACGCUUAUAUCAGGAGAAUCCCGUCUAUCAGCGUGUCGCUUCCGUAUUCAAAUGCAGUUGGGAGCAAAUUCGCAACGUAAUUGCCAAUCGGGAUGAUAUUUUGCGUUACUAUGGUGAAUGCCAAACCGUCAACGCCACGGAUUCGCCACAAUAUGUGCGAAAUAAGAAAAUCAAUUUUCUCGGCAAUGUCACAUACGAAUUUAUAAAACGUGCUUACUAUCAUCGCAUUGCAAUGCUAAAUGAUGAGGUUAUACGCCAACGUGCGCUUAAAAUACGUGAUAUUCUCAAAAUUGAGCAAUUCCAUCCGAAUAAGGCUUGGAUAGCCGAUUUUAAGAAGGUCUACAAUAUAGAUUGGCAAAAUUUGGAUGCAUUGAUUAUUUAUGGUGCACCGCCGCGUUCGCUUGAUAACCAUGAUUUAAUUCAAUAUUGUACACGCAUGGUGACGAAGGCAGUCUCUUUAAUUGACAAGAUGCCAAAGCCGGUGUCGAAGAAAGAUAUUAGAAAUGGCGAGCUGGAGGACGACGAAGACAACGAAGACAACGAGGCGAGUAGUGCUGGUGGUGGUAGCUAUGAAGAUAAUGAAUCAGAUUCUUUGUUGUUGGAUAAAUUUGAAGAUGUGCCGGUGGUGAACGAAGUUGAUGAUUUUGCUGGCAUGUAUUUGGACACAGCCGAUAUAGAUGAGGAUGAGAUCAAUGAGGACGAAGAGGGACCCACCAUCAAUUACGCCGAUUACGAUGGCACUGAUGAAAUGCCCGAUUUUCAAGUGAAGGGGAAUGCAUCAGCAUCAGCAUCAGCUACAACAACAACAACAACAACAAAUAUGCCAAAUAAUGCCUCAUUGCUAGCAGAAGUACAAAUCAAACAAGAACGACGUAGUCGAAGUCGCAGCAAAAGUCCACAAUUGUUAUCGCCGCUGACCGUUGCGAGUGGCACGAGUACGAAUGGCACUGGUGGAGGUGAUAGUAAGGGUGUGAAACGAAAGAGAACAGACACAACAGAACCAGCUGCACGCUCUGCCGCGGCUACUGACUUCGUCCAAAGCGUAAAAAGAGAGCCAGUGACUACGUAUAUGGAGGCAAUGCACGUCUUACAGCCAUUAGAAGAGUUUGCGGUGCAGAAGGAAGAUUUCCAUGCACUAAAUUUACUUAUGCAGCUGACGCGUGUUUUCGAGAAGGGCGCCACGCGAAAAUUUGAACGGAGAGAUAAUAUUUAAGAGCAGAUACUAUAGUCAUACAUACAUACAUACAUACAUAUGUAUGUAUUUGAUAACGAAAAGAACUGUAAUAUUUACUAAUAGUUGUAUGUAAAUAUGUAGUUUUAUAGUUUCAUUAAGUAUUUGUAUUUAUUAAUGUGUGCUGAAAUGGUUUGGAUUAUGACUUAAUGAACAAAUAAGUAUAGCAGCUACAAAUUUAAAACCCAUCUGAAUUUUCAUGUUAAAUUAAUGAUUAACGCUAAGGGCAUCAGAAUAAAGUAUAUAAAUUUCAUAUGUGUAUGUAAAAUA